AUGUUGGCAUUUUCUGAAUGUUCCUAUCAGACCAGUAAUCAAUUGGCCGAGGACAAUCAUUUGGUGGUGGAUAUUAAGCUGCAACAGGAGCAAAAAUCAACUGGCACAUCUAAACCAACACCUAAAAGAAAAACAGCAUCCAAAAAGCAGAAACACAAAAAGACGCUGUCCCAAAAGUCUAGCCAGUCUAGUCCUACCAAUGCAUCUAUAAACAUCCAACAUGACGAGUGUGCCGCUAAUCCAAUACGACUAACCUGGAGUCCUGAAACUAUUCCCGAUGUGGUGCGUAAAUAUUGGAGGCAGCGAUACUCUCUAUUUUCCAAAUUUGACUUUGGAGUGCUAUUGGAUAUUGAAGGAUGGUUUUCGGUCACACCUGAGCUUAUUGCACAGCAUAUUGCCCAGCGAUCGGCAGGAUGUAAAGUCAUGGUGGAUGGAUUUUGUGGGGUUGGAGGAAAUGCAAUACAGUUUGCAAUGACUUGUGAUAAAGUGAUUGCUAUUGACAUUGAUCCAGUGAGGCUAGAAUGCGCUCGACAUAAUGCAGCGGUUUAUGGAGUGCAAGACAAGAUUGAAUUUAUUUGUGGUGAUUUUAUGGAACUUGCACCUACAAUCAAGGCUGAUGGUGUAUUCAUGUCACCGCCUUGGGGCGGUCCACAAUAUAUACAAGCAGAUGUAUUUGAUCUGGAAACAAUGAUGCCUAUGAACGGCACACAUCUAUUUAAUUUAGUCAAAAGCAAUAUCACAUCCAACAUCAUUUACUUUUUGCCCCGUAAUGUAAACCAUGAGCAGAUUAGGUUGCUAGCAGGUCCAGGAAAAGUGUGUGAAAUGGAAAAAACAUUGCUAAAUGGACGGGUUAAGAGCUAUACAGCAUACUUUGGCGAUUUUGUAAACAACGAGGCAGAUGGUCAGUCUGAAUAA